GCCGAAACUCGCAAAAGCAUACAAGUAACCGAAAUGACGCCGCCGACUCCGCUGAGCGCGAGCAUGAGCUCGGUGAGCCUCCUCAGCAGCGCGUCGUCGCCGGUCAAGAAGCUCAAGAAAGAGCCAAGCGUUAUCUUGCUGCCAAAAGCGCUUCGUUCAAGCGACGAGGCCCAGCGCGCCGAGUCGGCCACCGUCCUCCGCGAGAGCGCGGCCCACGAAGCGUUCGGCAAGAGCCGUAUGGAAGGCUUUGGCUACGUCGAGACCAUCCAGUACAUGCAAAUCCUCGACAGCCACUGUCGGUUUGAGUUUGAGCCGUCGUCGGCGCUCAUGGUUGUGACGGGCCACCCGGCCAGUGGCAAGUCGUCGCUGCUCAUCAACUGGGUCCAGCAGCGUCUGCGCAAGCCGCCGCCCAACCCGGAAUUCAUUUUCGAGCACUACUGCGGCUGCUCGUACGAAAGCGUCAAGCUCUCGGUGUUUUUAUUUCGGCUCAUGUUCCACCUCAAGGCCGCGUUCUCGCUGCGCGAUUUCGAGCUGCCCAACGAACACGAAGAAGAGAAACUCAAGUUUUCGCUGGCGCGCUGCCUCGAAGGCGCCGUGGGCCAUCGCGCGACGAGCCAAAAUGGCAAGCGGAAAAACAUCAUUAUUGUCUUGGACGGAGUUGACAACCUGCGCACCGAAGACGGCGGCGAGAGUCUCUCGUGGCUACCCAACAACCUCCCCGCUGGGGUGCGCAUCUUGAUGUCGGCGACCAAGCCCGCCAAGAGCGCGCAGCUCGCGAGUUGUCGCUGGAUCGUUCGUAAAGAGUACAGCUACGACAGCGACGAUGACCUCAUUUUCGAGUCGACGCUGGCCCCCGACGUCUCGGAUACGCACACGAUCAAAGAGCUUCGACGUCGCAAGGCCGGCUUCCUCACGGUCGAGCCGCUCGACGAGCGCAUGUGUCUCAAGAUCAUUCACGACUACUUGACGCGGAGCCCUGCGACAAUGAACGACGAAGCGAUCCAGACGCUUCUCGACGGCCGUGGGAGCAGCUCGCCGUUGUACUUGCGGUUCAUCCUCACCAUGUAUGCCUCGAGCACGGCCAAGACCGAGUACCUUCGCCAAGUGCUCGGCGUCUACGACUUUCCGACCUUGUACGAGUUUGUCUUGCAGCAGUGGCGCACCAUUCUGCUCGCCGACGUUCAGGAAAACUACGACGCGGUGGUCGCCCGAGUCCAGCGCCCCGAGGUGGUUCCCGCCUCUGAGACCCGCAAACGCGGCAGUCGGCGCGAGUCGGAAGGCAUUGCGCCGUCGUUGGCCGUCGACGACGCCGACGUCGAGAAGGCGCGAGGGUGCGUCGAGCGUCGCGCUCUCUUGGCGCGCCACGCGCUCUCGCUCUUCACGGUCGCUCGGUUUGGGCUCUCGGAAAAGGACUUUCACCAUUUGCUGGACGACGCCGCGCCGCGUACCGUGCGCAUCGUGCUCUUCCAGCUCCUCUUGCCGCACCUCAUGGCGAUCCAUCGGCCCGACUGCGACGUGGUCUUGUACGACUUGAGCCACAACCAACUCCGGCUGCUCGCACGGUAUGGGUUUUUGCGCGACGAUAGUCUCCGGCACGGCUACCACAAGACGAUCGCAACGUACUUUGAAAAAAUGCCCGCGAGCCAGCGCCGCAUUGACGAACUGCCCGUGCAGCUCGAGUGCUGCAAUUUGUGGUCCCAGCUCCAGGCGUGCCUGGUCGACAUGAAGAUGUUUCAGCUCUGGUGGCACGAGCGCAACCGACAGGACUUUCUCGCGUACUGGCGCACGCUGCGGUCGUACUUUAGCAUGCACGACCCGGUCGACGACUACAUUCGGUCGCUCGACGAGUACAUGGAGUUUGAGGGCCCGAGCACCGAAGAGCUGCUCUCGCUCUUCUUGACGAUCACCGAGUUUUUACGGACGUGGCAAGCCACCGACGAGAUCAAGGUGCUGAUGGAUCGACCGGACCCGCCGCAGCUCAAAGAGUUUAUCAACAGCCAAGGCACGUUCUCGCUCGCGCAUCUCAACGACGUCGAGUCCAAGCAGAUCCAGGGCAUCGUCGACUACCUCUGCCCGCACGAGACCGACGAUGGGUACUACGUCCGCCGGUGGCUCUGGACGCAGUUUCCGCUCAUUGCGGUCUCGUUUGAGAACCUUUUCCUCAAAAAGUUCUCCCACUCGGAGCACGCGGUCGAGUCGGUUGCGCCCGACAGCAUGCACAGCACGGCCGGCAGCGGACCGCACGACCGUUCCAUCUCGACAAGCUCCAAGCGUGAGCGUCAAAACAGCGUGCCGAGUCUCAAGCCGCCGACCAAUAGCAGUGGCCCCGUCUUUCCGAAGAGCGUGGUCGCCGAGCGCAAGCGCAUCAUCACGCGCCACUCGCCCAAGAAGAACUCGAUGGCAGCGCUCGAGUACCUCAACCCCGGCGAGUCGGGGGCCCUCGAGUUUGUCGAGUCGAGCGGCAACACCAACAUCAACCUCUCGGUCCCAGCGCUGCGCGACCAGCUGCGGGAGCUCCGAAGUCGCCACGACAAGUUGAAAUUUGUCUCAAAAGAGCGCGCCGAUAUCCUCGCCACGCUCGAGGCCAAGCUCGUGGACGCUCGAGCCAACUCGUCGCAUCAAAACCAAAAUUCGCAGCUCCGCGAGCAGCUGGACGAGAGCAUCCGACUCGCCCUUCUUGAAACGACGCACGGGCGGCAGAAAAGCGACUACUACAAGACCAUUCUGCGCCAGUGCGAGUCCAACCCGGCGCGGGACCCGAAUAUCAUUGAAGGCUCCGAGAGCAGCGUCCGCAAGAUGAAGCAGGACAUCACCGACCUCCAACAAAAAGCGCAGGUGAUCGGGUACGAGAGCCGCCUGGCGUCGAUUGAGAUCCCCAAGCUCACGGCCGCGAUCCACGAGAAGCUGGAGAUCCACCAGCUCACACUCUCACGGUUGCGCUGGCGCCACUUGCAGAUCGAGCGUCAAAUGGACUGGGAAGCGCGCUUCCGACUCGCGGCGAAAGAGAUGAAGAAGCAGGCGGAGGGCGACCUCUCGUCGGAAGAGGAGGUCGAGAUGCUCAUCCAAAUCAAGGAAAAGGAAGAGCACAAGCACGACAUGAGCUGCCUCCGCGUCCAGAAAGCGGCCGACCUCAAGCUCUACAAGGGCAGCAACUUUAGCGACGACGGGAUUCUCGGCAUGCUCCGGCACGUCGGCGUCAACGAGGCCGACCAAGUGCUGCUUCGGUGGCACGACCAAAACGAGCACGCAGCGCAGCUCGCGGCCGAAGAGCGGGAGGCCGAGGCGCGGGUGCAAGCGUGCCGGCUGGAGCUCGAGGCGGUUCGCGUCGAGCUACAAAACUUGAAGCUCGGGCAAACGACCGCGACACCCGCCAGUAGCAGCAAGCCAGGCAAGGACGACGCGCCAAAAGCUCUGAGCGUCAAGCAGCUCGAGCAGCAGCUCACCGACGCGUCGGCCUUGUCGCAACACAAGAAGCAGCGCGCCCAGCGGCUCAAAACGCUCUCCGAGAACUUGCACUUGGGGCUCCUCCACAUUGCACAGAUGCUCGGUGUCAAGAGUGACCAGGGCAUGGACACCGCCAUGCUCGUCGACGCGGUCGAGCAGAGCGUGCGGAGCCUCAUUGGCGAUGACGCGACGGCGUCCGGCCCACGAAAGAAGAUCAUGGUCGCGGCCCCCCUCGGUCUCCGCGCCGAGAAGCCGCGCUACAACAUUCGCGUCCAGCGAUCGCUCGACGACGAGAUACUCUCGGGCGAGAACGCCUCGAGCGACGAGUCGGACGAGAAGGACGUCGAGGAGCCGGCACUCGAGCGGUCGACGAUCAAAGCUGGCGCGAUGCUUGAACUGCAGAGACGCACCAGCGACAAGCGUGGCGACCGCAAGAGUGUCUUGGCCAAGAAGAAGAAGAAGAAGAAGCUGUCCAGUGCCGACGCCAGUUCGUAGGCGUCAUCCUCGCAGCGUGUCAUGAUGCACUGCUAACGUGCGUUCUGUACUGUACAGAUGAAUGAAGAUGUAUCUUCCUCUAUCA